AUGCCUGGAGAAGGACAAGGGGACGCUGCUGACAGAGAGUUAGCUAUACCAGAGGGGAGCCGUGUUAGGCUUAAUAGUGUGGUCAGGAGAGAGCGGGUUGACGAGUCUGACAGUCAAUCCGUCUCCCUGGUGUUUGAGGAGGAGAGACCAAAGGAGAAAGCACGGCUGAAAAAGCAAGUAUCACAAUUGAAACAUCAGCUUGAAAAUCUGGAGGAAUCGCUAAGGGAGAAAUCCCGGAGGGAAGACAAGGAACAGAGAUCUGAACGGUCCUACAGAGUAGAGAAGUCUCAUCGCCUGGAAAAAUCACGGUAUACCGAAAGAGGAGAAGAAAGGGAGCUGGAGUUUUCCUCUGGCAAGCCAGAGCAUCGGGCUCACAAACGUCAUGACCGAGAUGUGCCAAGAGACAGAAGGGAGCAGGGAAGAUAUAAGGAAGACAAGAGGGCUAAGACGUCAAGAUUCGGUGUACCGAGAAUCACUAUGUCUGACAAUGGGACUCAGUUUACAGGGCAGAGGAUAGCAGAUUUCUGUGAUCGAAUGGACAUCACUCAGCGCUUCGUCUCAGUGGCUCAUCCACAAGCAAAUGGCCAAGUAGAGUUAGCAAACAGAACAAUCUGUGAAGGGAUUAAAAAGAGGCUGAACCAGAGUCGAGGGAAAUGGGUGGAGGAGUUGGACACCGUUCUCUGGGCCUACCGAACUAGCCCAAAGACGGCCACAGGACUCGCUCCCCCGAUUGAGAGCUUUACAACCAAGAUGGGGAAAGAUACAGGAAAGGAGAGGCAAGGGAAGGAAGAUCUAGGGUCUGAGAGGAAGUCGGAAGAAGGCAACGAGGGAGCUUCCUGUAAGAAUCUUGGAGAUAAAACCCUCAGGCGGGGGGGAGUCCUAUUUUUUCAGUCACCAACGGGCGCCGGCGUACUUUCGCAAAAGGACUCACUUCCCCGACUGAGGGCGUUACAACCAAGAUAA